AUGAUCUCUUCCACCACCUGGGUUCCUCGUGGGUUCCCAUCAGAAUUUCCAGAGAAAUAUGAACUGGACGACGAAGAAAUGGAGAGAAUCAACCAACUAGCUCAGCUGAACUUGGACGAUGCCAAAGACGGAAUUGAAAGCGAGCAUGACGACAGCGAACUGGGUGGCGAGGAAAAAAAUAGUAAUGAGGCAUCUGUCCGCGGUAGCGCAAAGCUAGCUUCCCAGGCCGACAACGACGACAAUCUCGAAGAGUACGACAUGGAGCACUACGGUGUUAAGGAGGACGAAAUGCUGGGCGAAGGUGCAGAGGCAUCAAUGUUUCCAGGGUUAUCUGACGAAGUGAAGUUCCACGAAGGCGAAGAUGGCGAAGACGCAAUUUUAUCACUGCCCACACAGCAAGAUUCGCAGGAGGAAAAACAGGAACUGCAAGUUUAUCCUACCGACAACAUGGUGCUGGCUACAAGAACAGAGGACGACGUUUCCUACCUCGAUGUAUACGUAUACGACGACGGUGCUGGUUUCCAUGACGCUGAGGUGAACCAGGAACCAGGCGACGACAAGGACCCGGAUGUCGCACGCGGCUUGGUUCGUGAUAGUUCGCUGUAUGUCCACCACGAUCUGAUGCUACCGGCUUUCCCUCUGUGUGUCGAAUGGGUCAACUACAAGCCAGGUUCCAGUUCGGAUGAUGCCGCCAACUUUGCUGCAGUAGGUAGCUUCGACCCUCAAAUCGAAAUCUGGAAUCUCGAUUGUGUGGAAAAGGCGUUUCCAGACAUGAUCCUGGGUGAUCCUCAUGCCACUUCAAAUGUGGGAGGUUCAAAGAGCAAGAAAAACAAGAAAAACAAGAAAAACAAGAACAAACAUGUUCUUACCCACCACACCGAUGCCGUUCUUUCGCUAGCGCACAGCAAACAGUUCCGUGCUGUCUUGGCGUCAACAUCGGCCGAUCACACUGUCAAGCUGUGGGAUUUGAACGAAGGUAUCGCUGCUCGCUCCGUUGCAUCUAUUCACUCAAACAAGAACGUCUCCUCUUCUCAAUGGCAUAGCACUAGCGGUUCCGUCUUACUGACCGGUGGUUACGACUCUCGCGUGGCACUAUCUGACGUUAGAAUCGCAGAGGAUUCUCAAAUGAGUAAGUACUGGUCCGUCAUGACCGGAGAAGACGUUGAGUGCGUGCAGUUUGCCGAUGAAAACACCUUCAUGUGCGGUACUGACUCUGGUAACGUGUACUCAUUUGACAUCAGGCAAGGUGAGGGCAGCAAACCUCUUUGGACUUUGAACGCUCAUGAUGCUGGAAUCUCUGCACUGAAUGUCAACCCAUUUAUUCCAAAUCUUUUGGCCACAGGCGCAAUGGGCGAAAAGACUGUCAAGUUUUGGAAGAUCAGCGAAAGCGGACCUAGCAUGGUCUUGAGCAGAGACUUCGGUGUAGGAAAUGUUUUAACAACCUCGUUUGCUCCUGAUAUCGAGGUCGCGGGCAACAUCGUCAUUGGUGGUGUUGACAAGGGCUUGAAGCUAUGGGAUGUUUUCACCAACAGAUCUAUCCGUAAGAACCUUUCAAAGGAACUGUCAUCUUUGCAGAGGCAGGCGCGCGCAGAGGCUUCCAAGAUCGGGAGAGCUUCCAGAAUCGCCAGAAAGUACACCAAGAAUGACAACCCCGACACUGUGGUCACCGUCGAUGACCAGGGCGAGGAUGAAGAAGAAGGCGACGGCCAGAGAGAAAGCGGCUGGGAAGACACAGAGUGA